GAUCAAUGGCCUUACCGCAGACGAAAGAAAUGGAACUGAGAUGAAAACAUUUAAUUAUGUAAAAAUAUAUACAAAUUGUGUACACUUCAACCAGAGAACUUAGAAGAACUUCUUCUUCUAAGUUCUCUGCUUCAACGGCUUAUAAUGCCAUCACUUAAUAUUAGAACCGGUAACUUUUUCAUUGAGUUUGAAUCACCCUGUUGUUGAAAAAGCUGGCAGAAUUAUUGACACUUCACUGCUAUGUUAUAGCGGAAUUUAAGUGUUUGGAUAGCUUACUUUUAUCAAGUUAUUCUGUGAAUGUGGAAAAAUUCGUAGUUAAAUAUCUUAGAGAAGAAGUUUAUCUCCAUUUCAAAGUGUUUUCAUAGUAAAUAAAAUAUGGAUCAAAUGUUGAGUCCUGGGUUUUCCAUUCCCAGCAUUUCUGCAACACCUCUUCAUCAAAUGGAUGCAGAUCAACAGAUUGUGCCUAAUCCUGUUUAUCACCCUGCCGCGGAUAAUCAUGACUUAAAUCACAUGGGAAUGCCUUCGUUAAUGAAUAGUGGAAACUCACCGGCAACUGCAAAUAAUGCUAAUAUGAUUGGCAGUUCGCAUCCCACUUUGCCGACGGCGCAUAAACAAAUGCAAUCGUUUCAGAGUUCCAGUUCUUUAAUGACAAAUGGAGGAGCGCCGCAAAGUCUAAUGCAACCACAAACACCACAAAGUUUGAUGUCACCGAUGGUACCGAUGAGUGAACGUGCCGAAAAUCUUAGCAAUAUACAUCAGACAAUGGGUCCUGCCACUCCUAUGACACCAAUGACACCCGGUUCCGCUGACCCCGGAAUUGUUCCACAACUACAGAACAUAGUUUCAACAGUCAAUUUGUGUUGUAAAUUGGAUUUGAAAAAAAUAGCUCUUCAUGCACGUAAUGCAGAGUAUAAUCCCAAGCGUUUUGCGGCAGUGAUUAUGCGAAUUCGUGAGCCACGUACUACAGCAUUAAUUUUCUCCUCGGGUAAAAUGGUAUGUACCGGAGCAAAGAGUGAGGAUGACUCAAGGUUGGCGGCAAGAAAGUAUGCACGUAUCAUUCAAAAAUUAGGAUUUCAGGCCAAAUUUCGUGAUUUCAAAAUCCAAAACAUGGUCGGAUCAUGUGAUGUGAAAUUUCCUAUUCGCCUGGAAGGUCUAGUACUUACUCAUUGCAAUUUCAGUUCUUAUGAACCUGAGUUAUUUCCAGGAUUAAUUUAUCGAAUGGUUCGACCUCGUAUAGUGCUGCUAAUUUUUGUGUCCGGUAAAGUGGUGCUAACUGGUGCAAAAGUACGCCAGGAAAUCUAUGAAGCCUUCGACAAGAUAUUUCCUAUUCUUAAAAAGUUCAAAAAACAAUCUUAACAACAGUUCGUUUAUUGUUUUUGCUGAAGUUAUUAAUUCAACUGCAAAAAGAAUUUUGCAUUAAAUGACUUCUCUGCUUACGGUUGGUUGCUAACAAUGCAGUUGUUUUUGGAUGAAUCAGGGAGUUAUUUUUCUACGCAUUAAAGUUAUAUAUAAUGUAUGCGUGGAAAGCUAGAUAAGUAUAUUAUAGUUUAUUUAAUAAGUAUGUAUAUUAAAUUUAGAAGCAACGGGUUUAUAAGCCGUAAUCUAUAAAUAUAAUCUAAUUUUAUACGGCAUGUUCUAAUAUUUGUAAUUAAUUUAGUUCUUCGUUUAAUAUAUAUAAAAUAAACUGAAAA